CGUGGGCACCAGAAUCAGUGCAAUGUAAAAGUGAAGAGGCCCACAAAGAAAAGAAUUCCUCCGCGAAAUUGAACUGAAAAAGUUGGAUUGAAAGCAUCUCUCUGUAAAUGGACGGCGAGACGCAAUCACCAAGGGGCUCCAACCCUGAGGCAGACGAUCAAACGGUCGAAAUUGAUCCAUCAAGCACCGUCCUUGACCUAACCAGCUUUCAGCUUCAUGAUCUCAACUCAGUGGAGUUAUCUCCGAGUCUCACCGAGUUAGACCUGACCGCGAAUCGUUUGUCGAGCUUGGACCCUAGAAUCGCGCAUCUCUCGAACCUCAUAAAGCUCUCUCUCCGUCAAAACCUCAUCGACGAUGCUGCUAUUGAGCCUUUCUCUCGCUGGGACUCAAUUUCCGGUCUACAGGAGCUGGUGUUAAGGGAUAAUAAGCUGAAGAAAAUACCGGAUACCGGCAUAUUCAAGAGUCUUUUGGUUUUUGAUGUUUCUUUCAAUGAAAUUACUUCCUUGCAUGGAUUGUCUAAAGCCUCUAACACUCUCAAGGAACUUUAUGUAUCUAAAAAUGAAGUUACUAAGAUAGAGGAGAUUGAUCACCUCUAUCAGUUGCAAAUUCUCGAACUUGGUUCCAACAGAUUACGGGUGAUGGAGAAUAUGGGAAAUUUUACAAGUUUACAGGAGCUGUGGAUGGGAAGAAAUCGUAUCAAAGUAGUUAAUCUAUGUGGGUUGAAAUGCAUUAAGAAGCUUAGCUUGCAAAGCAACCGUUUAACUUCUAUGAAAGGAUUUGAGGAAUGUGUUGCUUUAGAAGAACUGUACUUGAGCCAUAACGGUAUUGCCAAAAUGGAAGGCUUGUCAACCUUGGCCAAUCUUCAUGUACUCGAUGUAUCAUCUAACAAGCUAACUUCAGUGGACGACAUUCAGAACCUCACCCAGUUGGAGGAUCUGUGGCUCAAUGACAACCAAAUAGAAUCACUUAAAGGCGUUGCUGAGGCUGUCAUCUCUUCAAGAGAGAAACUAACCACAAUCUACCUCGAAAACAAUCCAUGUGCAAAAUCUACAAACUACACUGCCUUUUUGAGAGAGUUUUUUCCAAAUAUUGAGCAAAUUGACUCCAAUGUGUUUGCCUAGUCUUGAAUUUUUCUUGCCUGGACACUGCUAUCUAUAAGCUCAAAUCCUCUUUGGGGGAGAUAACUGCUUCUGCAAAGACACUGUGGAUCCAAGUUUAGGCAUUUAUCUGGUAUCACAACAUUAUCAUGAAUGCCAUAAAUUUUCGAAGGAUUUGUAUUUGUUGUUUGUUUGAUUUUGCAGGCAAGCUUAUUUACCUUUUUUUUCCUCUGAAUAUUUUCAUAUUUCCUUAUGUAAGUUUAUUUUAGCUCUCUUCUAACAUCACAUUUUAAGUGUGAAAUCUCAAUACUGUUGUUUCCCGUUCAA